AUGCUGCAAGCACCGAUCCAAUUCACUCACGGACUUCAGUGUUGGUGUUCUGUUACGCAUGUUCCUAACGACUACAACUUAAUCCGAAGCAGGCAGGAUGUCAACCACCAGCUUUACAGCGAGAACCUGCUUCGUAGGAUGAACCUCGGCUGGGGGAGGGGGGUGUGGAUGGGGGGAGCGUCAGUGUUCCAUCUCCAGCCCGCACCCAGCCCCAGCAUCACUUACCCAGGAGUUACCGGAUCCGCCCGGGAGCAGGCUGGUCAGACAAAGCACCGCCCCGUCCCGUGUAGCUGCGGCCCCGCCCCGGACGCCCGCGCAGCCGCGCUUGCUCCACCCCUGUCCUCCGCACCUGGCCGGCCGCACCUGGCCGCCGGCUGGGCCCUGCGCGUCGCGCCUGCGCUCUGCGCCCUCAGGGUCCCCGCUGGGCGUGCUAAGCCCGGCCAUGCUCCGGUCCCAUGCCUCCGGGCUGCCGACUCCACGGCGUCGGUUUUGGGUCACUUAACGGCCGCUGUGGCGCAUGCCCCGAAGACAUUUUCUCCGGAUCUUCCGAACCCUGGCGACCACGGCCCUCAGCCCCUCCGCAUCCCAGGCCCUCGCGCUGCGGCGGCCUGCCCCCGCCGCGACUGUUGGCUGCGGCCCGGGCGGGCGGCCGGGCUGCGGGCUCGGCGGCUGUUAGGUCCGCGGAGCCCCCGGUGCGAGCCUCCUCGUGCGCGGAAGAGACGCGGGCGUCGGCCCGGCCAAUGGCAGGCGGCGGGAGAGGCGCCGAGCGCCCGAGCCUGCCAGCCCCCAGUUGACGGCACGAGGCCCUGCUUGGGACGCAAGCCCGAAUUAUCUGGGCCCUGGGCUUCUGCGGCAGGGUCGGUGCUGGCUUGGCUGUGCUGGGGAGCUCACCUGGCGCCUCCUCACUGCACUCUUGUCUCAGUUCUUGUUUCGUUAGCAGGAUUGACUCAGUCUUGCAGCGAGGCUCGGAGCAGCCCAGGGUCGCAGGUAGAGGUCACGCAUGUUGAGCCGUGGGAGAAAGGAAGCAGGAAAACGGCUGGCCAGACGGGGAUGUGCGGAGGGGUUCGAGGUGUUGGAACAGGAGGCAUUGUUUCUACAGCUUUCUGCCUGCUGUACAAAUUGUUUACCCUGAAGUUAACAAGAAAGCAAGUGAUGGGUCUCAUAACACAUACAGACUCUCCAUAUAUCAGAGCCCUUGGAUUCAUGUAUAUAAGGUAUACACAACCUCCUACAGACCUGUGGGACUGGUUUGAGUCCUUCCUUGAUGAUGAGGAGGACCUAGAUGUGAAAGCUGGUGGAGGCUGUGUAAUGACCAUUGGAGAGAUGCUUCGUUCUUUUCUUACAAAACUGGAGUGGUUUUCUACUUUGUUUCCAAGAAUUCCAGUUCCAGUUCAGAAGAAUAUUGAUCAGCAGAUUAAAACUCGGCCUAGGAAAAUUAAGAAAGAUGGAAAGGAAGGUGCUGAGGAAAUAGACAGACAUGUUGAGCGAAGGCGUUCCAGAUCUCCAAGAAGAUCACUGAGCCCACGGAGGUCUCCACGAAGAUCAAGAAGUAGAAGUCAUCAUCGGGAGGGCCAUGGAUCUUCUAGUUUCGACAGAGAAUUAGAAAGAGAGAAAGAACGCCAGCGACUAGAGCGGGAAGCCAAAGAGAGAGAGAAAGAAAGGCGAAGAUCUCGGAGUAUUGAUCGGGGUUUAGAUCGAAGGCGCAGCCGGAGUAGGGACAGGCACAGAAGUCGCACUCGGAGUCGUGAUAGGAAAGGGGAUAGAAGAGAUAGGGAUCGAGAAAGAGAGAAGGAAAAUGAACGAGGUCGAAGACGAGACCGAGAUUAUGAUAAGGAGAGAGGCAGUGACCGAGAAAGGGACAGGGAGAGGUCAAGAGAGCGCUCCAAGGAGAGAAGAAGUAGGGGUGAGGGAGAAGAGAAGAAGCACAAAGAAGACAAGGAGGAUAGGCGGCACAGAGAUGACAAAAAAGAUUCCAAGAAAAAACACAGCAGAAGUAGAAGCAGAGACAGGAAGCACAGGAGUAGGAGUAGGAGCAGAAAUGCAGGGAAGCGGAGCAGGAGUAGGAGCAAAGACAAGUCAAGCAGACAGAAAAACGAGAGCAAAGACAAGUCAAACAAAAGAAGUAGAAGUGGCAGCCAAGGAAGAACUGGCAGUGUUGAAAAACUGAGGAAACAAGAACACAGCGCUAGUAGAGAAAAGUCUAGAAAGCGCAGCAGGAGCCAAGACCGUUCCCACAAGAGAGAUCACGGUGAUAGCAAGGACCAGUCAGACAGACAGGAUCACCAGAGUGGAGAGCCAGAGAGCCAAGAAAAAGAACACAAAGACAGCGAUGAGACUGUGUGAAGAUUCUGUAAAAUUGGAUCACAUUGAAUCCUAUAAAUGUUGAUUAAAUUCUGCUUUUUUUUCCCCCCAAGUUGAGAUUGUGCAGUAGUUAUGCACUCUGAGCUCCCUGUAGGCUGUUUUCAUUUCUUUUGUGUAGGGAAGUGCCUUUGUAAUCCCAUUAAGCAUUGUUUUCACCCAGUUGAGUUGACACAUAAUGCAUAGAUUGUUUUGCAUUUUUGUUUGUUUUUAAAAUGUACAGUCUGUACAUACAUCCUAAAAAUGUUUUAAUUCUUUUGGCAUGAGCCAUGUUGGUUAAAUUUGUAUAAGGCAAUAAACUGCCACUAAUUCUAUUUUUGUUUUGUGGGUGUGGGAUAAUGGUUGUGUACUGCAGUUAGCAUGGCUGUGCUUUUCAUAAUAGAAUGCUAAAGACUUUGGGAAUGGAUCUUGGAUGUUUGUUUUAGGAGAAUUAUGUGCUUUCAAUAUACACGAAAGCAACAGUUGUAGGGUUAACAUUCUUGUCCACUGUAUAUUACCUUGGAAGCUCUUGUUAAUAUGUUAUACUUAAUAAUUUCCACAGUUAAUGUUAGAGAGAAUUUAUAAGAGGUUUAAAUUAGGCUGUGAUUUGAUCAAAAGUCCUUUUAGCGUUCUACCUCAAAGGGACACUGUUAGUAUGCCUAAAAUCUAUUCACUUAGUUUAAUUUUUUUUUUUUAAACCACAUUUACUUGUGCUCCCCACCCAAAAUUCUUUCUCAGAUUUUAAAAGUACUAUAUUAAAGAAGACAUGUAAAGCCUGGCAUUGCAGCAACCCUGUACUGAUGUGAUGGGGAGAGGGCGGGGCAUAUGAGUAGAGAAGCAGUCAAGCCUCAAGCUUCCAAAGCAUUUUUUAUAAAUGGAGAAUACUUAAAUUAUGAAACAGCUUGAUAGAGUAUCCUUUUUUAAGAAUUCAAAACUUUUUUAUUGAUAAUGAAGAUUGCUGUUUGAGUUUUUAAAUUUACUCUAGAACAGAAGUAUUAAAAGUAAUGCAGAGCUGCGUUAUUUAAGACUUUCAGCAAAUUAUUUGAUAGAUUGUUCUUAUGACUUGUAUUCUGAUUUCAGAAAACCAUCAUGAGUGUGGAAUAAAUACUGGAUUAAAUCCUUUA